UUUCUUGCAACUGGCUCCAAGCUGAUCAGAGUCCAGCACCCACCGCUGCCUCCCUGAGAAGAGAGAUGGGGAACUGGGCGGAAGCAGAUCCCCCUGGACAGCCUCUUAACAGCUCCAUAGACUUGAAGAGUGGAGAAGAACCAGGUUUUGGUCAUCCAGCUAAUUCCAGCUCCAGGAAACCUGCAGUAUGGGAUCGUCCAGCUGCCUUCAGAGCCAUAAUCAUGGUUACAAUGGUCGUCAUCAUUGCCCUAGUAGCAGCUUUGAUAGUGGUAACAUCUAAGCAGCCUCCUCCAUGCCCCCCUGCUGCCCCCUGGUGCCCGGACGGCUGGAUCCGGAUCCAAGGGAAAUGUUACUAUUUUUCUAAGGCCGAAGGGAACUGGACCUACAGUCAGAGCUUCUGCUCGUCACACUCUGCCUCCCUGGCCGGGAUUGAGAGUCCGCAGAAGCUGGGUUCCCUGCUGCCAUACGAAGGCAAACUGGACCACUGGAUCGGCCUCCGGAAGGACACGGGCCAGGUCUGGAAAUGGGCCAACGGGACCGAGUUUGACCAUCGGUUUGAAAUACACGGAGGAGCAGACUGUGUGUGCCUGGAUGAAGAUCUCACUGUCACCACGUCAAGCUGCAGCAGACCAAGAAAAUGGAUCUGCAGUAAACCUGAUACCCCUGCGAAGGGAGAGGAGGGAGCAGUGGGAGGGGAUUCGUGAACUCAAGAGAAUUGGAGACCAGCUGUGACAAAGCCUUGUUCUAGUCCCCUCCAUGCUGCAGCCUGGUUCCCUGUUUCUUAGCCUGUCUCCAGGGUUUGUCCAGUCCUAGUCAUCAAUUACCCUAAUGCUGGGUGCCCAGACAGCAAAUGUGAAAAAUUGGGACGGGGGUGGAGGGUAAUAGGAGCCUAUAUAAGGAAAGACCCAAAAAUCAGGACUAUCCCUAUAAAAUUGGAACAUCUGGUCACCCUACCUAAUGCUGGGAUCUGUGACCCUUCUCUCAGGGAGACUGUCACAGUAACUGGAUCUCUAUUCCACCUCCAUCAGGUCAGGACUUGUCUCCAGCCCCCCCUGUCCCUGGGCAGGGACCUCAUCCCACUCCCUGACCAGGGCACUUGAACUGCACAGCUCCCUUCCGUACACUGUGAUAUCCCCAGCAAGCCAGUCUGGCUAAAAGCCAGCGCCUGCCCUUUGCUUCCACUCUGAGCACAAUGCCCAUCCUGAUCCCACUGUUAUAAGCUAGAACACGGCCCUUUCUUGGCUGAUUAUUUAUUCUAGGUCAAAAGCAUUAAGG